ACUGAGUGUGGAAAAACCUUCACUUACAGCUCAGCCCUUUCUGUUCAUCAGAGAAUCCACACAGGGGAGAGGCCCUAUGAAUGCAGUGAGUGUGGGAAAACCUUCACUUGCAGCUCAGCCCUUUCUAAACAUCAGAGAAUCCACACAGGGGAGAGGCAGCCCUAUGAAUGCAGUGAAUGUGGGAAAAGCUUCAUUAGCCGUUCAGGCCUUUCUAAACAUCAGAGAAUCCACACAGGGGAGAGGCCCUUUUAUUGCAGUGAGUGUGGGAAAACCUUCACUUUCAGCUCAGCCCUUUCUAUUCAUCAGAGAAUCCACACAGGGGAGAGGCCCUUUUAUUGCAGUGAGUGUGGGAAAACCUUCACUUGCAGCUCAGCCCUUUCUAAACAUCAGAGAAUCCACACAGGGGAGAGGCAGCCCUAUGAAUGCAGUGAGUGUGGGAAAAGCUUCAUUAGCCGUUCAGGCCUUUCUAAACAUCAGAGAAUCCACACAGGGGAGAGGCCCUAUGAAUGCCGUGAGUGUGGGAAAACCUUCAGUCGCAGUUCAGGCCUUUCUAAACAUCAGAGAAUCCACACAGGGGAGAGGCUCUUUGAUUGCAGUGAGUGUGGGAAAACCUUCACUUGCAGCUCAGCCCUUUCUAUUCAUCAGAGAAUCCACACAGGGGAGAGGCCCUUUUAUUGCAGUGAGUGUGGAAAAACCUUCACUUGCAGCUCAGCCUUUUCUGUUCAUCAGAGAAUCCACACAGGGGAGAGGCCCUAUGAAUGUCAUGAGUGUGGGAAAAGCUUUAUUACCAGCUCACACCUUUCUAAACAUCAGAGAAUCCACACAGGGGAGAGGCCCUAUGAAUGCAGUGAGUGUGGGAAAACCUUUAUUACCAGCUCAGACCUUAUUAGGCAUCAGAGAAUCCACACAGGGAAGAGGCCCUAUGAAUGCAGUGAGUGU